AUGGACAGUCUAGCUUUUGAUAUUGCGAAAAAACUUGAAAUAAAGCCCGCACGAUACCCGUUAAGAAAAACAUCUCUCAAAUCCUUAUUCAUCAGUGAAAAUAGAACAGAGUUUAAUGCUAAUCUAUGGAUGGAUCAGGUGCCUAGAAGAAUUAUACUGGGAAUGGUUGAUAAUAAAGAUUUUGUAGGACGGCAAAGAACAACACCUUUUUAUUUUCAACAUUUUAAUUUGAGAGAUAUUUCCAUAACUGCCGGGGGAGUAACUUUUCCAGCAGCCCCUUAUUCCCUUGAUUUUCCGAAAGGAAACUAUGCUAGAAUUUAUCAUGACAUGCAAGAAGCAAUUGGGUACGCGGGAUCACUAGAAAGUAAUGGUAUAUCAAUGUUUCGGUAUGCAAAUGCAGGAUAUUGCUUCUUCGUAUUUAACCUCACAAAUGGUCAGGAAGAUAAUGGACCGGAGAUGUUUGAUUUAAUAAAGAAUGGUACAACAAGUAUAAGGAUGACCUUCAACGAACCGGUUCCAAGUGGUGGGAUUGUGCUAGUAGCUAUGGGUGAAAUCGAUUCGCUGCUAAUGUUAGAUAGGAACAGAACUAUUUCCACAGAUAUUUCAGUAUAA